AUGCUGCGCCGACAGUCCCGCGAACGCCGCGAAUACAUCUACAAAAAGUCGCACGAGUCGCAGGAGCGGGCCAUCUUUGAGCGCAAGCAGCGCAUCAAGGACGCGCUCGCGAGCGGCAAGCAGCUGCCCACCGAGCUGCGCAACGAUGCCCGCACGAUCGGCAAGGAUCUCGUGCUUGACGAGGCGCAGAAGGACCCGUGGACUGGCGCCGAUGACGAGUAUGCCAAAGUCGGGACAUACGACCCCAAGGUUGUUGUGACGACGUCGCGCGACCCAUCGUCCAGGCUGCUCCUUUUCUCCAAGGAAAUGCGCCUCGUGUUCCCCAACGCCAUCCGCUUGAACCGCGGCAACACAGUCAUGAAGGACCUCGUCCAGACGUGCCUCUCGCAGGGCGUCACCGACCUCGUGCUCGUCCACGAACACCGCGGCGUCCCCGACGCGAUGAUUAUCUCGCACCUCCCCCACGGCCCGACCCUCAGCAUGACGCUGCACAACGUCACGCUGCGACACGACGUGUCGACGUCCAACUCGACCGUGUCGGAGCAGUACCCCCACAUCAUCAUGGACGGGUUCACCACCCGCCUCGGUCAGCGUGUCGCCAGCAUCCUCAAGGCCCUCUUCCCCGUCCCCAAGGAGGACGCAAAGCGUGUCAUGACAUUUGCCAACGACCGCGACUUCAUCUCCUUCCGCCACCACGUCUUCGCCAAGACGUCGCACAAGGACGUGCAGCUCGCCGAGGUUGGCCCCCGGUUCGAAGCGAAGCCCUACGAGAUUCGCCAGGGCACGAUCGACCAGACAGAGGGUGACGUCGAAUGGCUUCUGCGGCCAUACAUGCGCACGUCAAAGAAGCGCAACCAGCUGUGAGAAUCUACAGCCUCAUUCACUCCACUGCCUAUUAUUGUUGUACAACUACUACCAUGCAGC